AUGAGUACCGGGGCGAUCAUUGGUUUUGAUAAUAUGAAUUGCUUCUUCAAGCUGGAUUUGACGGUGCAGAGUUCUUUUACUUCUUCGAGCCAAGGAGAUCACGUAUGGCAUGCUGAUGUGUUAGAGGUCAGUGGAAGGUGGGAAGGCGAGGUUGGCGACAGUCUACUUGUUCUCCUCACCUACUAUGAUGAGAAUUAUAUCAGCAAGAAAUUGGAUUUCGAGCCGGACAUGCUAAGGUCUGCUAGGCCUUGA